GGAACAGCUUAAUCGAUAUCGGAAUCUCGACAUGACUAUUUUCUAUUUCCGUCUUUGGACCUGAGCAGUGCUGUUAUAGCCUGAGCUAUGGGUGAGCCGAACCUGAGGUUGGCUGAGCAAGUACGCCCAGGAGGUGAGCUCAUGGUGGACAGUGUUUCACCUGAUUAUAACCGCCUUACGCCGCAAUAAGCGCCGCACAACAAGCUUAGAGGAGUGACUUCAGAAACCAACGUGCACUUUUGCGCUCAGCGGCUUCCACAAUGGACCAUGCACCUCCGCCUCCACCUUCACCUCCACCCUCAUCUCGUCGAGAAGACAAAAUUUCGAUACCAAAUACUGCAAUGCCGCCUCCACCUUUACCUCCACCUCCACCUCCACCUCCACCUCCACACCUGUUCAAAUCAUCAAGACCGGCGAGGAUAGUACCCCCACCUCCUCCAGUACCUUCUGGAGCGUUUGAGCCCAUAGACAAAGCACACUACUGGCAGUUCCUCAAAGACACGAAAGCAAACAUGCCCGGUGAACCCUUCCAGCCAUUCCACAUGUUCUUCUACGGUUCACUCAUGGACUCUGAGGUCCUCCAAUCAAUUCUCGAUCUCCCGGAACUCCCGACUACAAGGCCUGCUACCAUUUCUGGUUUCCUUAUCAAAAUGUGGGGCAUAUAUCCAACAUUGAUACCGUGCCACUCUGGAAGCGUAACUGGGACUGUGUGGAAGGUGACCUCGGAAGCCCACUUCGACCGUUUGGUAGCUUACGAGACUGCCGCUUACAGAUGGGACGAGUGUGAUGCAGUUUUGGAAGGUGGAGAGGUUCUCAGGAAUUGUCGGACGUUCUGCUGGGCAGGGGAACCUGAUAGUAAGGAACUUGAAGACGGUAGUUUCGAUUUGGAACGCUAUCAGAAAUACUUCAAGUCUUCCAUCACUAGGCGGCGGUUGCCAGUGCCGUAGGAAACGGUUUAAAGCGGUGGAUGCAAGGUUCGUUCCAUAAUUCUCUUGAGCAGGAUAAAUAUCAUUUAAAAUCUCUUCUGCUCUCUCGCUC